GGAAACACGCUUUAAAGGAUCUCUUCAUACACAACUCGUGUCUGGGAACAGGUGCACCGCGAAAGAGUCCGCAAGUAACUGUCUAUGACCGACCUGGCCUCUUUUUCUCUCGGGAUAUACGUUCCCCUGUUUACCCUGGAACCAUGGAGAGCUAAGGUGCACAGUUGGUGCUGAAAAAUCCGGAGAUUUGAUACCUCCCUGACGCAAUUCCAUACCCCUUUCUUGCACUUAGCAGAAUGCGCCUUGUCUGAUAGAUUCUUUUUGCGAACGCGAUGAUCCCCGUGCAACAGGACCAUGUUGUUACUACCAUUGAAAACAUCCCUGCCGAAACCGUUCCAGAAUCGCCAACCUUGCUACAAAGGAUAAAGAAAGUGUUUAACAGGCAGCUGCUGCUCUCUCUGGCCCUGGGACAGGUUCUGUCAUUCCUUCUCUGUGGCAUCGGCCUGACCAGCAAGUACCUCGCCGAUGACUUCCACGCCAACACGCCCGUCUUUCAGAGCUUCCUCAACUACAUCCUGCUGUUCCUGGUCUACACCACCACGCUGGCAGUGAGACAAGGAGAGGAGAACUUGCUGGCGAUACUGAAGAGAAGAUGGUGGAAGUACAUGAUUCUGGGUCUGAUAGACAUAGAGGCCAACUUCCUGUUGAUCAAAGCCUACCAGUACACCACCCUGACCAGCGUCCAGCUGUUGGACUGCUUCGUGCUCCCGGUGGUGCUGCUCCUCUCCUGGUUCUUCCUGCUGGUCAGGUACAAGGCUGCGCACUACGUGGGCGUCGGCGUGUGUCUGCUGGGAGUGGGCUGCAUGAUCGGGGCCGACGUGCUGGUGGGGAGGCAGCAGGGCAUGGGGGACCAUAAGCUCCUGGGGGACUUGCUGGUGUUGGCCGGGGCCACGCUGUACGGCAUCUCCAACGUGUGCGAGGAGUUCAUCGUGAAGAACCUGAGCCGGGUGGAGUUCCUGGGCAUGAUCGGCCUCUUCGGGUCCUUCUUCAGCGGGAUUCAGCUAGCCAUAAUGGAGCACAAGGAGCUGCUGAAGGUGCGGUGGGACUGGCAGAUAGGGCUGCUGUACGUGGGGUUCAGCGCCUGCAUGUUCGGCCUGUACAGCUUCAUGCCCGUGGUCAUCAAACGGACGAGCGCCGCGGCGGUCAACCUCUCCCUGCUGACCGCCGACCUCUACAGCCUCUUCUGCGGCCUCUUCCUGUUUCAUUACAAGUUUUCAGCACUCUACCUGGUGUCCUUCUUCAUCAUCGUCCUCGGGCUGGUCCUCUACUCCUCAUCCUCCACCUACGUGGCCCAGGACCCCCGGGUCUACAAGCAGUUCCGCAACACGGCCGCCCCCGUCACUGAAACGCCCAUCGCCGGGCCCCUGGAGCCCUCCGUCACCUACACCAGCCUGGGGCAGGAGACAGAGGAGGAGCCACGAGUCAGGGUGACCUGAUGUCAUCGGUGAUGUCAUCACCACAGACAUGCCCCGCCCACACACAUCCCUAGAGAGAAAGUAAACCCAACGAAAAGGAGAAAGCACACAGCAAAAGAGCAGAGCCACACUGUGAUCACAGCCUGUCAUUUGU